AUGUCUAAGAAGUCUGGGUCAUCUUCGUCAUCAUCAACAACGUCAAAGGAUGACAAGUCAAAGACAAAGGACGACAAGUCAAAGACAAAAGAUGACAAGUCAAAGACUAAAGACGAUAAGUCAAAGCCUGCUGAUGCCAAGGGCAAGAAAGGAGUAGAUCCACCAGCUGCCCCAUCUGCCAAAGGAGGAGACAAAGGAAAGAAGGAUGGACCACCAGCCCCUGGUGGCGCAGCUGCACCUCCAGGUGAACCGCCCAAGCCAAGAUGGACGGGUAAGGUACCUGUACAAUACUUGAAUGAGUAUUGCCAGAAACAGCAUAUGGAGAGACCGGUGUUUGGUGAGACAAAGCCAGCAAAGUCGACGACAGGUGAACAGUUGCAUCGUGCAAAGGUUACAUUGACAUUCGAAGGCAAGAAGAAGAUAAAGACGACAAAGACAUAUAUGCCACCGCACUCUAGUCCAACAAUGCUGGAGGCUAGAUCAUACGCUGCAUUGGUGGCCCUGCACGACCUGAUGGGCAAUACAAACAUCAAUAAGCUGUUCCCGCCCGAGUACACUCCCUUUUGGCUUCAGCUGACUGAGGAGGCCAAGAUCCAGCAGGCCGAGCAGGAGAAGUUUGAGCGCGAGCAGCAGGCUGAGGAGCAGCGACUCAAAGAGGAGGAGCCCACUCACACACAGCAGGUGCCCUCGAUCAACAUGUCUGAGGAGGCCAUCCGCGCGGUGCACUCACUGGUCAAGCAGAUGAACCUCCACGUUGAGACGACGGCUGGCAGCGAGCCUGGCGAUGUGGACAUGGCCGAGCUGAAUGAGCGAGAGAUGGAUGCGCUAACCUCGACUCUGAACGGGUUGGGCUUCAAGAACAGCGACAUCCAGGCGGCGUUUGGUCGUGUGCGCGACCUUUCAAGUGUUGCCAAUGUAAUAUCAUGGCUAUGUCUUAAUGUGCGCGAAUCUGAACUGCCCGCCUCAUUCAGGCCUAAACAUAUUGGAAUCCAGAAGAAGACAGUUGUGACACAGGCCACUGGCAAUGCAGAGUUGGAUGAGUGUGUGGCUAAGCUGGCCGCGUAUGGCUGGACUGAGAAGGAGAUACACUCGAGUCUGGAGGAUGGCGUCGUGGGCGACAACAUGUUGGCCAGAGCUUACUACAAGCUCACUGGCGUUGAGAUCAAUACCGAUGGCACUGGAGACGCAGACAUCAAAGGCGACGAGCUACAGGCUUUACAAUCAAUCUAUGAGGCCACAUUCAAGGCCCUGACAAAGGAUCACUACAAGGUGCGUCUGGAUGAUGGACUUGGCGAGCUGGAGGUCAUCUUCCCCGCGGCGUGCAACUAUCCCGCCAACCCACCCAUCUUCCUGUUCCUGCCUAAUGAUCGAUCAAAGCAUCAUCGUGCAUACCGCGUGUGCAAGGAGAUGAUCAAUCAAUGUGUGACUCAAUCACUCAAUCAACCAAUGGUGUUCAUGAUAAUUGGAUGGCUGAACUCCAGCGCCAAGGACACACUCAACGCGCAGGUCAGCUCGAUAGACGCUCGAAUGGACCUAAACGAGCUCAGUAUUGAUGGCGCGAUCAUUGACCCACUGGGCAAGGCGUCGAGUGGCGGCAAGCAACAGACCAGACGAUCAGGCAGCGGAGUGGUGAUGAACAAUGAGAAGAUCAAUGUUGAGAUGAAGAACUACAUGGAGCAGGUCGCUCAUAAUGAGAAGAGCAAACCGAUCAGGAAGGUUCGCGAGUCCCUUCCCGUGUUCUCCAAGCGUCAAGAGUUCAUCAAUGUGCUUGGUGGUAAUCAGGUGGUUGUGGUCACUGGAGAGACAGGUUCGGGCAAGUCCACACAGAUCCCACAAUAUAUCUUGGAGUCCCUGGUGGCCAAGGGCCAGGGCAGCAGCUGCAACAUCAUCUGUUCUCAGCCGCGACGUAUCUCUGCCAUUGGUGUGGCCGAGCGUGUGGCAUCCGAGUGGGCGGGUGGCGAGAAAGAUCGAGUCGGACAAACAGUUGGCUAUCAGAUCAGAAACGAGGUAAAGCGAAGCAAGGACACCAGACUGCUAUUCGUGACGACUGGUAUCCUGCUGAGGAUGAUGCUCGAUGCCAACCCCAUCGCUGACGUAUCGCACAUCAUCAUUGAUGAGGUGCACGAACGCUCGAUGGACAACGACUUCCUGCUGAUCAUUCUCAAGCAGCUUCUGGUGAAGCGCAAGAACCUCAAGCUAAUCCUGAUGAGUGCCACACUCGAUGCCAAGCUCAUCGCAGGAUACUUUGGCAUUGGCGAGCAGGCCAUCUUCUCAAUCGCUGGUUUCACCUAUCCCGUCGAGACCAUCUAUCUCGAGGACUCAAUCAGACAAAUCAACUACCGUCCACCUUACUCAUAUGGUCGAUCAUCAUCAACUUCUACUACAUCAACUACAUCCACUACGUCAACCACGUCAACUACAUCAACAACAUCAACAACAUCAACAACAUCAACAACAUCAAACCCUCAAGAAGAGAUGUUGGAUGCGAUGGGAGUCAAGAUGGAUCAGAAGAGAAUCAAUGUGGACUUUAUCGAGAACCUUGUUGGAUACUUGGUCAGAAGACAAUUGAAUGGCAACGGCACACCCAAGUCGAUAUUGGUGUUUGUUCCAGGUUUCGCAGACAUCAUUCAGAUCAUCAAUGCAUUGAACUAUCGCGAGGACGCCUCGUCCAUGUGGUGCCUGCCACUGCACUCGUCUCUCUCGCCACGCGACCAGCAAAAGGUGUUUGAGCGCCCGCCCAAGGGCAAGGUCAAGGUGAUAGUCAGCACCAACAUUGCCGAGACUUCAAUCACCAUCGACGACAUUGGUGUGGUGAUCGACACUGGUCGCGUCAAUCAGAUGAACUAUAACGCAUUCACAAAGAACUCCAUGAUGAGCGAGUCAUGGAUUGCCCGUGCCGCCGCGCGCCAGCGUGCCGGUCGUGCCGGUCGUACAUCGGCGGGCAUUUGUUACAAGCUGUUCACCAAGAGCAUGGAGCAGCAGUUUGACGAGCAGGAGAUACCCGAGAUUCUGCGCACGCCACUCCAGCAGCUGUGUCUACACGUCAAGUUGUUCCAGAGCCAGCUGCAGCAGGGCAAGGCGCGAAAGAUACACGAAUUUUUGGCAAUGGCCAUCCAGCCUCCAUCGCGCGAGCUAGUGCAGCACGCCAUCGAGGAGCUAGUCUCGAUCAACGCCAUCGAUGCCAACGAGAAGUUGUUGCCACUUGGCUAUCAUUUGGCAUCACUGCCCGUCGACAUCUACAUUGGCAAGAUGUUGUUGUUUGGCUGCAUCUUCCGAUGUCUCGAUCCCAUCCUUACCAUUGCCGCCACACUAUCUUACAAGACACCAUUCAUCACCACAGCGCAAGACCGAUCACAACGACCAGGUGACAAGUUCAGCUUUGGUCAUCAAAGUGAUCACUUCUCAUUCUUUAUCGCCUACGAUCAUUGGAGAAAGUCCAUUCGUGAUGGCAACGAGUACCAGUUCUGCAAAGAUAACAAUCUCUCCAUUCCUACAUUGCGCACGAUCCAGGACCUUAGAGUUCAGUUCAUGGAACAGUUGUCAGAUAUUGGAUUCUUGCCUCAUGGUCUCAGCGUCAAGUCGAUCAACAAGGCACUGAAGCAUGGCAGUAGUGGAUCGGAUUUGGUAAGCGAGUGUUGUGGAGCGAUUUACAACUCAUUCGCAAGCAAUCAAAAGGUGAUCAAAGCAGUCCUCUGUGCUGGAAUGUAUCCAAAGAUCACAAGAAUCGAUGUACCCGAGGCCACCUACACCAAGGCAGCAGGCGGUGCCAUCCAGAACAAAUAUGAUCCACAAAAGCUGUUGCUACUUAUCCGCAAUGACAAGAGAAACGAACGAGUAUUCAUUCAUCCAAGAUCAGUCAAUACACAGGAGGGCGAGUUUGUCUCACCUUUCUUGUUGUACCAUGAGAGGAUGAAGACUUCCAGACUGUUCCUUCAUCAUACGACCAACAUCAGUCCACUGACAUUGUUGUUGUUCUCAAUUGGUGGAACAAUCGAUAUUGACCAAGCAUUCCAACACAUCACAUUGGACAAGUGGCUAAAGUUCAAAGCCAGUGGCAAGAUACUUGUAAUACUCAAAGAGGUUCGCAUGCUCCUAGACCGACUACUGGAGCUCAAGAUCAGUGAUCCAACCUACGACACUUCCUCCUCCGUUGUCAUUGACAUCAUUCUCAAGAUUGUAUCAAACGAAGGAUUUAUAUAA